AUGGCGCAAUCAUUCACUCGUGCUGAACGCUCUGGUAAUAUAUUUUAUCGAGUCACCGGUUUAAUCCGAUCCGGUCAAAUGAAAUGGUCCGAUAGACCAUUGUGGUACGAUAUUUACGUCACACAUCCUCCAUUAGACGCCCAUGAUUGGAACACGAAACAUGCAAAAUAUGACGAACCAGUGCGCAAAAUCUUCUAUGAUGAAGACCUGGUUCGAGCUGCUUUCUACAAAAAGUAUCGAGGGGGUGUGAUGAAUCUGGAAAGCCCUCGAGAAAGCCUUUCCCAACAGUUCAUCAAGGAAUACGAAACUGUUAAAAAUGAAUUUGCGGGUAAAACUUUUUUUGAAAUUUGUUUGUAG